AUGGAAGAGGAAAAAAAAAAAGAGAAAAAUAGAACUUUCACCUAUGCCAAGAAAGGAAAAGGAAAAGUAUCAGAUACAUUAGUUCAAGGCAACAAUAACAGCAUUAACAAUAUCAACAGCAAUAACAACAUCAACAGCAACAACAAAAAUGUGAACACAUUUUGCAAUAGCAAAAAGAGAAUAGCAAGUAGAUCCUUCCUCAAACAUGUCAGAGUGGAAGAGCCAACAGAAGAACCAAACAUCAUGACUAUUUUCAGUAACUAUACAGAUGCCGAGGAAGCAUGCAUAUAUCCAAUCUCAGAGUUUGAAAACUCUAAACCAAGAUUAACAUUGACACUCAACAUAUACGAAACCAAUCGCAAAUCAGUCAGAAUUUGGGAUAUUCCCCAAAACUUUUCCAAGAAAGAUAUCACGACAAGAUCUAUAAAAUUUGGUCCUAUUGAGUACAUCCAGAUACAAACAAUAGGAUCCCACAAAGAAACAAGACUAGAAAGAGAUGAAUUCAGCAUUACACUAACCAAGUUUCCAGACUCGAUGACAGCUCAAGACCUCAGUGACAUCAUGCAACAAGUCGGCGCCAAAGCGUGUUAUACACCGCAAACAAAUGAAACAUUUAGAAGAACACAAGCUCACAUGAGUGGCCAGAAUAGCGAAACUUUGUCACUACUGACAUACCCCAAAGACAGAUUCUCCACAUAUCGAGAGGAAACACACUACAACAAUGGAAACCAGUAUAGACAUGAUGAAUCCAACAGAAGUUAUACUGAUGUAACUCGAGGGACCAACAUGCACCGCCUCUUAAAUGGCGUGCUCCUUGCUCUCGUCCACCACGUACAAAAAACAAUAACUGAAGUACAACACCAGAUAAGUCAACUAGAGAAAAGAGUUAGCACAUUAAAGGAAGACGUAGCACACAGACACAUGGAUGAAAUGGAAGAAGACACAGAAUCCACCUUGGACUUCACAAUUUUCACAACAGAACAACUAAUCAAGACAGAAGACAUCAAAACAACUUAA